AUGACCUCACCGUCUACAUCACCUCCAUCUCCGUCUCUUGCCCAUAAGAAGAAGCCAAAGCUGAUCCAUUCUGAUUCUGCGUACGCUCAUUCGUCACAAGACACUUCCACCUCAUCCUGCGCUAAGAAAACGAACACCAUGCACUCGGUGCGCAAGAGCCAGCGUCAUUGGGAUGUACGUCGUUUGCUAAGCCACCGUACGAGUUUUCCAGCUGAAACAUCGUCCGUAGCAUUAGGGGAAUUUGACCCCGAAGCAGCUCAGGAUACAUUUACCUUCCUGCAAGAUGAGUGCCGUGUAUUAAUUGUUGGAGCAGGUGGAUUAGGCUGCGAGCUCUUAAAAAAUGUGGUGCUCUCAGGUUUCACAAACGUCGAUAUCAUUGAUAUGGACACGAUCGAUGUGUCCAACUUGAAUCGUCAAUUUUUAUUUCGAGCGGCAGAUGUUGGCAAGUCAAAGGCCGAGUGUGCUGCGGCCUUUGUACGGACACGCAUGAACACGACAGCAAAUCAAGUGAAUAUUACGCCACAUUAUAAAAAAGUGCAAGACAUGGGAAUCGACUUUUAUCGCCAGUUUCACGUAAUUCUCUCGGGUCUUGACAACAUUGAAGCACGUCGCUACUUAAACUCACUCGUUGUGUCCCUAGUUGAUGUCGAUGAAGAUGGACAAGUUGAUCCAUCGACUAUCAUUCCACUCAUAGAUGGCGGGACCGAAGGCUUGCGCGGUCAGGCACGUGUGAUUAUCCCCAGGAUCACAAGUUGUUUUGAGUGCUCUCUCGAGGCAUUUCCCCCGCAAAAGAGCUUUCCAAUGUGCACUAUUGCAGAGACACCUCGACAACCAGCACAUUGUAUAGCCUACGCAUUUAUUGUGCUAUGGCCACGUAUGUUUCCUGACAAGAAGCUUGACAAGGAUUCGCCUGAACACAUGCAAUGGGUCUUUCAGGCCGCUAAAGAACGUGCUGAUCAAUUUGGAAUUGCUGGUGUGACGUACAGUCUAACAUUGGGGGUAGUGAAGAAUAUUAUUCCAGCGGUGGCGUCGACAAACGCAAUUGUGUCAGCAAUGUGUGUGAGUGAAGCGUUUAAGGCAAUGACUUACUGCAGUCGCUUGAUGGAUAAUUACCACAUGCACAUGGGAGCAACGGGAUGCUACUCGCACACAUUCCAGUAUGAUCGAAGACGGGACUGUUUGGUUUGUUCGUCGCAGCAUAAGACAUUGCAAGUGGAUCCUGAUGUCAUGACGCUGCAAAUGCUGAUCGAUAAGCUUUGCGGCGAUGAAUUUCGACUGCUCAAACCUUCUAUCAGCUCAAGUCAUGCAAAUCUAUUCAUGCAAGGACCACCCGCUCUGCGUGCUGCUACCAGUUCUAAUCUUUUGAAGCCUUUGCGGGAGCUAGUUCAAGACGGAGAAAGCCUUACGAUCACAGAUUCGGUCUUUGUAGGUGACAUGGCGCUGUCAUUACAACUUGUUUUUCAGACGAAAGAACACAAUAAAGUAGAAUAUCUCGCGCCAAUGGAAGAUUAA